CUAUACCUAGGCGGGAAAGAAGACAUGGGCAAGAGACGGCGAAGCGAUGCAAACGAGAGCGAAGGAGAAGCACCGACUACGCCGAGCGGCAAAAGAGCCUGCACCGACAAAUGGAGCUUUCCCGACGAACUCAAAACCGCGACGCAUCUGUGUCAGAAACUGUACGACUUUCUGCGGAGAGCAAAGGACGAUGAGAACCGACUUCUCUGCGAGUGCCUCGUGCGUGUUCCAUCUCGCCGCUCCCACCCCCAGUACUAUGACGUCAUCAAAACACCAAUUGAUCUAAUGAGGAUACAGCAAAAGUUGAAGACGGAUGAGUACAGAUCUGUCCAUGAUUUCCUCCAUCACGUACGUCUGCUGUUGGAGAACGCGAGGUCUUUCUUUGGAGAGGGUUCGGAGGAGGUGGCCUGUGUGGACCAGCUUGAGACCCGGUUCACACAACGACUCCAGGACUACGCAGGACACUUUGCACGUUCCUCUGGAACCGACUCCUCCCCUCCCUCCCUCACUCUCAGAAUAUCAAAGGACCAGCUCCAGGGCCUCUCAUCCUCCUCAUCCUCGUCCGGUAAAACCAGUCAGUCAGGUUUAUCCCGUCAGCAGCAGCCUCGUAGCAAGCUGACCCGCUCGAAGGCAUGGCUUCAGGGCUAUCUGUCCUCUGGAGACCCUCUGAAGAUGUUUCUAGCAGCAGUCUACGAGCACACUGACUCCACGGGGGUCUGCGUUGCCGAGGCCUUUCACGAACUUCCCUCUGCUAAGGACUACCCCGAGUAUUACGAGGUAAUCACGGAGCCGAUUGACCUGCACACCAUAAAGAGAAACCUAGAGGGGGGACGCUAUUCUAAUCUGAGAGACAUACAAGAAGACAUGAUCCUGAUGAUAAAGAACGCGCACUACUUCAAUGAACCUGGCUCGGAUGUUUACAAGUUUGCUAGCACCCUGCGGAGGUUCAUCAUCAGCCACUGUGCAGAUUUGGAGAGGAGAUUCCACACCGUGGUGCCAAAGCCUCUGAAGGUAUCUCUGAAACGGCCAGGUGUUAGUGAGGGAGGUGGGGAGACGAUGGACGAGGGAGAAGGAGGCGAGAAAAAGAUCCCGAAACUCAAAGUGAGGAUUGGGAGCGACAGUGUCGGAGAGGUCAAAGUACACUCGGGGAGCUCUGGUGAGGCGGGGGUUAAAGUUAGCCGAAGGCUGAGUCAGUCGUCCAAGACGCCAGACACGGAGGACGAAUCGGCCAACAGUGAGAGCAGUGUUGGAGAGGACAGCUCGCAGAGUGAGGACGAGGGAGAGGGAGAUGUUGCCAAGAAGAAGGGCAAGGCCUCACGGGGCAAAGAGAGAGAAGAUCAGCUUGCCAAGCUACUGAAGUCCCGCAACACUCCACCUCUGAGGAAGCAGGCUCUGGCUCUCUACCAUCAUCUGGUUCGUCACAGAGACGCCCACGGGAGACAGACUGCUGAAUUAUUCAUGAGGAAACCUUCGGCCAAGAUGUACCCAGAGUACUACGUCGUCAUUCGCUCGCCCAUCGACUUCAGGGAGAUCUCUCAGAGGAUCAAGACAGAGCAGUACACGAGUCUGGAGGAAGUGAUGAAGGAUGUGGAGUUACUGGUCAGCAAUGCCACUACCUUCAACGAAGAGGACUCCACCGUCUACCAGGAUGCUCUAACGUUACAGCAACUGGCUCGAAAUGCCUCCAACAGACUCCAGACCGCGUGGCCACGCCCACAGCCACACCCACCUUCAAAAUCAAUGACAUCGUUGGCUCAACCGCUGCCGCCUGCAGUGGCCACACCUAUCACAGUUCCCUCCCCUCGGCCGCGGGGUCGUCCAAGAAAAUACCCACUCCCACCAGAUGUGGGUGUGGCAGUGGGCGGAGCCUCUAUUCAGUCCCCCAUAUCAUCUCUCUUCAUGGCAAUCAAAAUGUUCACCCUGCAAGGCCGAGGUCUGUGGAGGUCGCUACAGAGCCAGCCAACGGUUGGCUCCGAGGCCAGGAAAGAAUUCAGCACCAUCUCCAUGAAGAUUGCCACUGGAAAGUUCCUGAAUGUUCAUCAGUUGUACCAGGAACUCCACAAGUCACUGGACCACGUCGUCCAGACCCAGCCCACCGAGUCUCUUCUCUAUCGUGACGCUCUCAUCCUGUGCCGUGUGGCCGCCAAGAAGUACCUCGAGCUGACUGCAGACGAGAGGGGCACCCCUCUCUAUCCCAACGUACAGGAGGCAGUUCAGGGGAUGCUGCGCUCUGUGCUGACCAGGACUCUCCAGUGCCCAGAGGCAGAGGGACUGAGGGAAGUGGUCGUCACUAGAGAUAUUCAGGCCGAUGGAGAUGAACCUCCAACUACUCACAAACUCUCUCUCCCUCUCAUGGAAAAGUGGGUGGAGCGCUGUUGCUACCGGCGACUGGACUCCCUUCAAAACGACCUCCUCUCGAUUCUGAGCUUUGCGGCCGAGCAGAGUCCAACAGUCCGUCCCUCUCUCUCUCUCUUCUCUCUUUUCUUACCUCGAACGUGUAGUCAGUCGUGCAUGUAGUGCAGUUGAUUUUCCAUCGUGUUGAAGCUGUAGAACAAGACCCCUAAAAUAUAGGCCAGGGUUUGGAUAGGUUUUGGAAUAUUUCCGUUCUUUCAUUAACCCUCGGCGCCCAUGUGCAGCGAGGGUUAUUUACUAAGUAGUUCAUUGUUUCAUUCAGCUGUGUCAGAGUGCCGUGGCAGUUGGAAGAGCCUACAUUAGGGCCAGAGAUGCCGUGGUGGCGGGAGGGAAAGGAGGGAAACUAACUAGUCCCGCACUGUCCUACACCGCUGAGCAUCUGGAACAAGACAUUGCCGGGAAGAUGGGCUCCUCCGACAAAAAGGGGGUGGAGCCAGUUGCCGAGAAAACAACGGCAGAGAGCGAGGUCGGGAAAGCGAUGGAAUCUGGUGAGACGUUUGACGAGCUGACGGAAGCCGGAAAGACUUAUCGUGUUGGGGACGUUGUCUACCUCACUUCGAGGAACGCUGGGCAGAAACCUCACAUUGUGUCCAUAGAUAAACUCUGGAGAGAUUCGAAGGGUGCAGCUUGGUUGCAGGGCUUCUGGUUCUACAGACCUGAAGAAACCUUCCACCUAGCCACCAGAAAAUUCUACGAAAAAGAAUUGUUCAAGAGUGACUUCCACAGCGUGGCCAUGCUGAGUGAAGUCCAGGGACUCUGCUGUGUCCUCGUCCUCAAGGACUACAUCAGAUCUUCUCCCUCUGACUUUCCCGAGGACGACGUCUUUGUGUGCGAGUCUCGCUACGCUCGCAAGGCCAAGAGCUUCAAGAAAAUAAAAAACUGGAGCUACCCGCUCGGUCGACAGCCGCGAUUAAUUACCAGAGACGUCCCCCUCUCUCUGAGAAGGGUACCGUCCGUGUUUAUGACGCAGUCCACUCGGGUGAAGGGGUCCGGUUCCCAAUCCGUGGUACCGGUAUCAGACACAAUCGGGUCGAGCGAUAAAGACGCGGAGUUGUUCUCAGAGGCCCACGGAAGUGAUCCCUCCCUACCUCACCCCGUGCAGCUGGAGAACGUGAAGGCUUGGACGGUGUCAAAUCCGACGACUGGCUGCACGUACUACGAACAGUACUGUAUCGAUGAAGACAAGUUCAGGCUCGGGGACUGUGUGUACGUGAGAUCGGACCAGGAGAAGCCGUUUGUUGCCCGAAUCGAUCGCAUGUGGACAGACGCCAAUGGGGACCCAUGGUUCCACGGUCCGUGGUUCGUCUACCCUGAGGAAAUAAGCCACACCCCCACCCGUCUCUUCCUGGAGAGGGAGCUGUUCAUGAGCAACAUCCACGACACCAACCCAAUGAGGUCCAUCAUCGGUCGCUGCUCCGUCCUCCCGCUCCCGGACUACUCCCGGAAGAGACUCAGCGAGUUCUCAGAGAGCGACGUGUUUGUAGUGGAGAGCCGGUAUCUGGAGGCCGAGGGGGAGAUCAGGAAGAUCGUCAAGACUGCGGCACUCAGACCUCCUCAGCUGUCCAGAGACGUUCAGGAAGAUGAGGUGUUUGUUUUUCACUCCGAGAUCCACCCGAGAAAGCUACCCUCGCCAAAGCUGUUGCUGCAAGUUACGUCACCAGCCACUCUGGCUCCCAGCUCUGGCAAACCAUCCUCCCUCUCCUCUCAGACUUCGUCCGGUACUGCCACACCGGUCCCCGCCAAACCCUCCACUGUCGGCCCGGUAUCGUCUUUGCUACCGACCCCCCCUGGGGGACCGCAGCCGACGACAGUGGCAAACGUUGUCAACAUCAAUCCUCAGUUGCUGCAGGCGCUCCUGGCCACUGUCUCGCAGGCCAACUCCUCCAAAUCUAUCCUACUACCUCUACCACAGUCUCCACCCGUCUCCGCUGGGACCUUAGCCACACCCACCACUCUGGUGCAGUCGAGUCCCCUCCACACUCCCAGCCCAGCCGGCCAGGUGAGGAUCGAGCCGACAUCGCGAUCCACCAGCCUGGUGGGCUACAUCUGCCUGUGGGACGAGUGCGGGGAGAAUUUCAACACGCUCACUGACCUCACAACUCACCUCAUGCUGAAUGCUGACACCACACAUCUCGUCAGGGAAGCUGACGGCCAUUUUUACUGUCGGUGGGCCAACUGUCCUCGCAACCCCAGACAUGGAGGAAGAGCAUUUGAUGCCAUGCCAAAGAUCACGCGCCACGUGAAGGAAGUUCAUCUCCUGAAGCUCUCACAAACAGCCCUGGGGCUGAAUCCGCGAUCUCACGUCAUCCAGGGACAAGUGGUCCGACCUCCUGCACCCUCGCCACCCGCUCCUUCCCCAGUCAUCUCUCUCUCCUCCAUUCCCCUCCCCUCCAACUUUGCCUCUCCCUCGCUCCCCGUGGCCCACAUCCCCAUCAUCACCCCUCCCCCUGUACCCAUUGGCACCAACCUCUCCUCUUCCUACACCACUUCCUCCGUGUCUCUAGAUGCCCAGCAGUCAGUUCCCUCAGCGACAGUUGAGGGGACGCCAGCAGCUGCUCCUGUCUCCCUCUCAUCAGUCCCGUCAACAGCACCUCCUCCAUCUUCUGACGCUCCCACCACUACCUCCGCCAUUCCCCUCCCUAUAUCCAGUAUAUUUGUAGCUCCUCCGGUGGACAAGAAACCCAUACUUCACUCUGCCAUCUACACCAAAUACAUUGAGGGUCUCCAGAAGGGGUCAAAGUACAGCUCUUCGCUGCAGACAACGGACCAGAUGAGCCCCGCCCACCGGUCGUCAAUGACAUCAUCUCAAAUCCAAGUGUCUGAUUGGCUGUUGCCAUCGGCGAUACCGCCAAACAUGAGCGCCACGGAAGCACUGGUAACUCUGAGAGACCAUCUUCUUCGAGACAGUCUGAGACUGGGACAACACUUGGAUCAUUUCCAGUAGCAAAACAUAUCAUCUUCUCACAGUAUUAUCUCACAUUAUCCGCGAAGAGAAUGAUACCGGAUCACUGUCAUGUGAUUGUCAUGUGAUACUUAGGUGCAACUGAAUUAUCAGUUUCACUAACAUUAUUUCAGCCAAGGUUUCGUUUUUCUCUUUGUAUUUUGAUAAUCAUGUGAACAUUGCAUCAUCCGAUAUAAUCUCAAACAGUGGUGGAACGGGUAUAGGAGGGUUGGUAAGCUGCAGAACUCUAGUGUGAGAUGGGCCAAACAGUGUGUGUGACAAUCAUGUGACAGUCAGGUGGUUUGCAUGUUAUCAUCCAUGAGGGCUUUCCUCAGAGGUGAAAAUGACCGGAUCUCAGCGUAUACCAGCUCUGAAGGAAGGGAGGGGAAAUAUUACUAUUAGUCUUCGUUUACCGCAACAUUUAGAGUUUACAAAGCGGUCCAAUUUUUUAUGCUUCACAACUUCAAAUCUGAACUCACUUCUCCAUCCCUCCACAUCCAGUUCCAUGUUUUCAAAAGAGUCAUCGUAUUGACGAUCACACUCGGGCUGUGUGGAAAAGAGAGAUAGGUUCCAGAAGGAAGGGAGGAGAAGAGAGAAUGAGACAAGAGAUGAAGAGUAUAUAGAAGACAGUGAGAUGAGGUAGAGAGAGAGAAGAGAGAGACCUCAUCCUCGGGGUCAUGAUAUUUGGCGAGGUAGGGAUGGUCCAGCGCCUCAGCUGCGGUGGGUCUCUUGUCAGGGUCCAUGUCCAGCAGCUGUCCCAGCAGGUCCACCGCUGUGGGGUUGGCUCCGACAAAGAACGACAUGAAGUCCUUCCUGGGGUAGUGUGGCAGGGAGGCCACGUAGCUGCGUGCCGACUCAUUGUCGAUCUUGUCCAUGAGAGCCUUGUCGGGAGUGCCGCAGAUCUGGACUACCCUAGUGAGGUGCUCUCGAUCUUGGCAGAGAGUUAGGGAUCUGUCACACCAUUCGAUGAACACAGUAUAUUGCUU